UGGCGCAGAGCGGAGGAGGCGCUUGGGGCCCAUCUUCUGCUCCUCCCUCCCCUUUGCUUGCGGCCUCCCAGAGGUCGGCCCAUCUCCUGUGGCCUCCGUGAAAUGUGGAUGACGCCCAAGAGGAGCAAAAUGGAAAUCGACGAGUCUCGGGCGUUCCGGGCCGAGUGGACCCAGCGGUACUUGGUGGUGGAGCCUCCGGAGGGCGAGGGCGCCCUGUGCCUGGUCUGUCGCCGCCUGGUCGCAGCUACCGGCGAAUCCGACGUCAAGCAGCACUACGAGGCCGAGCACCAGUACUACGAGCGGUAUGUAGCGGAGGACGAGCGCGCGGCGCUGGUGGAGAGUCUGCGGCGGGGCGACUUGCCGGAGGCCGCCCCGCUCACUCCGGAGCAGAGAAUAGCCCGUGCAGGCCUGGGACUCGCCCGCCUCUUGGCCUUGAAGGGUUGCGGCUGGGGCGAGGGGGACUUUGUGCACCGGUGCAUGGCGGUGAUGCUGAGAGACGUGCUGCCCGAUCACGUAGGCAUUAUGGAUGGCAUCGAUUUAUCUCCAGAGACCACGCGGCAGAGAGUCCUGGACAUUCACCAGAAUCUACGCACUCAACUUUUUAACCGAGCCAAGGACUUUAAAGCCUAUUCCCUUGCCUUGGACGACCAGGCUUUUGUGGCCUAUGAGAACUACCUGCUGGUCUUUGUCCGCGGCGUCGGCCACGAUUUGGAGGUACACGAAGAGCUUCUGACCAUCAUCAACCUGACUCAUCACUUCAGUGUUGGCGCCCUCAUGGCGGCAAUCCUUGAGGCCCUGCAGACGGCCGGGCUUAGCCUGCAGCGCAUGGUUGGACUGACCACGACCCACACUCUGAGGAUGAUUGGUGAGAACUCAGGACUGGUGUCAUACAUGAGAGAAAAGGCUGUAAGCCCCAACUGUUGGAAUGUGAUCCACUAUUCGGGAUUUCUUCACUUGGAACUGUUGAGCUCCUACGAUGUGGAUGUUAAUCAGAUCAUAAAUGCCGUAUCUGAAUGGAUAGUUUUGAUUAAGACCAGAGGCGUGAGGCGGCCGGAAUUUCAGGCUUUACUGACUGAAUCUGAAUCAGAGCACGGUGAAAGGGUCAACGGACGCUGUCUGAACAACUGGCUUAGGAAAGGGAAGACUUUGAAACUAAUAUUUUCCUUAAGAAAAGAGAUAGAAACAUUCUUGGUCUCGAUAGGAGCCACGACGGUCCAUUUCACAGACAAGGAAUGGCUCUGUGACUUCGGCUUCCUGGUGGAUAUUAUGGACCACCUUGGAGAAAUUAGCGAACUAUUGAGAGUGAACAGAGUCUUUGCUGCCGCCGCCUUUGACCAUAUCUGUGCCUUUGAAGUGAAGCUGAAUUUACUUCAGAGACAAGUCGAGGAAAAAAAUCUGACAAACUUUGUUGCCUUGAGCCAAGUGGUUGAUGAGCUUAAAGAGAAUCUUCAAGAAGACGAAAAAGUACUCGAUCUUGAGAGGUAUCGAGGGGUGAUCUGUCGCCUACAGAAAGAGUUUGAACGACAUUUCAAGGACCUCAAGUUCAUUAAAAAGGACUUAGAGCUUUUUGCUAAUCCAUUUAGCUUUAAACCUGAAUAUGCACCUAUUUCAGUAAGGGUGGAACUUACAAAACUUCAGGCAAAUGCUAACCUUUGGGAGGAAUACAGAACCAAAGAUUUAGGGCAGUUCUAUGCUGGAUUGCCUGCAGAAUCUUACCCGAUUAUCAUAGGGGUUGCCUGUAAGGUGGCAUCCUUGUUUGAUAGCAGCAAAAUCUGUGAAAAGGCUUUUUCAUAUUUGACUCGAAACCAACACACUUUGAGCCAGCCUUUGACAGACGAACACCUCCACGCCCUGUUCCGGAUUGCCACCACUGAAAUAGAGCCACGCUGGGAUGAUCUUGUGAGAGGAAGAAAUGAAUCCAAUCCAUAAACUCUUAGUACAACAUUGAAACACUCAACAAGAAUCCAAUGCUAAAAGCAAACAUCUGUUUGAUUUUUAAGUUUGCUAAUUUGGAUUGUGGGAAGGCACCAUCUUCUUCCAUCAAAAUUGAUCACAAUUGAUACUCUUUAGACAGAUUUUUUUUUUUUUCCAUCUCAAGAAGCAGCAUGGGACUGACACCUGCAGACGCCUUUUUUUUUUUCUAAAACUGAAUUUCGUGGCAAAGUCAUUAUCUUUUGCUUUUAUUGAUAUAAUUGUUUUUAAAGAAGUUUAGCACUAAUAAUGUGAGUUGAAUCAGAAGUCUGUUUUUAAGGUGUUUCGAAGAAAUUUUUGCUCUUAUUUUAACCAAAAAGGUGUUAAAAUUCUGAUGCGUAUAGUCUGAAAGUAUCAACUCCUUAAGUAUAUGUUUGAGCCAGUUUGCAGAAACUCACUGAGCAACUGCAGAAGCUUAUUCAAAGGAGGAACAUACAUACAGUGGAGGUGUUUUGUCUAAUUAUCAAAAUGUUUUUGACUUUUUUUUUUUAGACAUGUUUCUGAGUCUAAAUAUAUUUACUUACUUUAGACAUAUUUUCUCUCUCUCACCUUCCCCUGCCCCAUGGUAGCGAUAAUGAUAUUAGGAAAUUUUACUCAAUUUGAGUAAAGUUUUAGUCAGAGGAGCAAGAAUUGUUUUCAAUUGCUAGUUUAAGAGGCUUUUACAGUUUGGAGAUCAGACUAACCAAUCUUUGGCAGUUUCCCCUGAAUGCUUCACAGUUGGGCGCCGUUUUUAUGAGCUUGCCUGUUAGAAGACUAUGGUAAGUAUAGACUCUUAGGGGCUGCCCACUAGUCCUUCUUUGUUGUAUUCUAGACAGUUUGGCCCUGUCAAAAAGGAUGAGAAAGAGAAAAUGUUUGCAUCGCAGGAUCAAGAGGUGUGAGCUAUUUUAGCUUAUUUGUCCCAUCAGCCUGGGUGCUACGGCUUUAUAAAGAAAUCCUGCUAAAAGGCAAUCCUUUAUUUUAACGUGAUGUAUCAAAUGUUGUUUGUGACUUUAAAUGAAUUUAUUAUCAACUUGUCAUUGUCCCACACAUUGUGUAUUUAAGACUGCACAAGGGGAAAUAUUUUAACUCUCCAGAAGCAGCUUUAUUUACUGAUUGUAGCAGUUCCAUAUUUUUUAGUGAGACACCUGCUUUGGACUAAAACAGUAAUUUUCAAAUUUAUGUUAACCAUUAAAAAAUCUUACAGUAAAGCCAAAUAUGUGAAAUGAUUUAAGGACAGGACCCAACUUAGAGAUCCGCUCAAGUACAAUUUGAAAACUUGUGCUCAAGUCCUGUCUUAACUCUUAGAAUGCAUUUCUCUAUGGUCACUAAUUUAGCAAAUUCAAGGAACCAGAAUAAACAAGAAUUUAGAAAGAACUGAAGCCUGAGCAAUCAAAAUAGAACCAAAAUCUUGCCAGUGGUUCUCAAUCAGACAGUAUCUCCUCCUUUAGAAUGUAGGGAAAUGAAGGAGACUUUUUAAUUGUGACAUUCAUUAGGAGGAAGUUCUGCUGGCCUGUAAGCAUGAAUGACACCCUCCCCUUGUGGUGCAUAGGAUAGCACAGCACAGUCAAAAUUCCUGCCAAAGUUCCAGCAGACCCCCCUCCCCCCGAGUACAUCAUCUGAUUUUGAGGGAGAAGGCAAAUUACCGGUAGAAGCAGAAUUAGAAGGGCAAGUUAGGCUAAUUGAUAACAUUUGAUGAUGGAAACUAAUUCCAGCAUUCCAGAUUUGGCUGGUAAGAUACAGCCAAGACCCUGAUAGAUUCUGGUAGCUCGCAGCAGCGUUUAUAAAUCAGUAGUUGGCACUGAGCCAGAUUAAAAGGCUCUGUUCUAUUACACUUAAUUACACAUGUUUUAUUACAAUUAGUUUAGGGCAGAAAAGAAAGUGUUCUAUAUUACUAAGAUACUUAGCGAGAAUGGUCAAGUUAAGAUUUGGGUUAACAGGGAGUAAGCUUAAACAUCUGGAGAAACAGCAGAUUAAAAAACCAAAAAAGAACAAAAACAUCUGCCGGUAAUUUUCCAGUAGUUUGGAGUAUUCACUUUCAUGGCAGGUGCCUUAAUUGAAAGGAUAAUUGGAAGACCUGUAAGCUUCUGCUUUCUAACUCCAGUUCCUCAAAUACUGAAGUUUUGUAUAUUUUGUGAAGUUCCAUUAUAUGUUUUGCUUAGGGUGAUCAUAAAAUUAGUUCUGUAGUCACUGACUGGGGGGCAGGUAUAAGCCCAGAAUUUUACAUUAACCCUGAACAGUAGAGAAUUUGCUAUGUAAAUUAGCCUUGUUUGUAAAAAGAAGUGUGUAUUUUGCUGUUUUCUGUACUAAGUAAUUCUGUAACUGCAUGGCAGUCUUUACAAGUUACUUUUUAUAAAAUAGCUGUUUCUGGUCCUGUCAUAUCAGUGAAUAUAGUUAAAGUAAGUACUAUUUUUUAAAAAAAAACUCUUGUCCCAGUAUCUCCCAUUCCUACUAGUUUUCUUCAAAGAUUUGUCUGUAUUCCUCCCUCCCAUAUUGUGCUCCGAUUGCUCUUCCAAGUUUCCCAAGUCCUUGUCAAUAGGCCUACCCUCUUCCCACCCCUGACUGCCCUCCUUGAAAUGCUUGCUUAGUUUGGCUUUGGGGAGAGGCCAUCUCCAAGUACGCGUUCUCCAUCUUCUUUGCAGGCACCUCUUUCCCUUAAACAUCUGUGUCCUUGGGAUUUUUUAAAUUUGGUUUUAAGCUAUCUCGUUUACAUCAUCUCCUUAACUGACCUUUUUUUUUUUUUCUUUCAUCCCUUCAGUUAGCAACUGUUUGCAAAUGACUCCAACUUUCUGUCUCCUUUCUUGACCUUCCCUGAUUCCCAUGUCUAAUUGCUAAGUUAAGUCCGUUUUGCAUAGGCACCACACAUGUCCUUGCUCUUGUCCCCCAAACCUGCUCCUCUCCUGGUCCCUUUCUCUGUAAAUAGCACCACCACUGCCAGCCAUUCAGUUGGCACAGCCUGAGCCCCAAACUCAGGUCUCCGUGACCUUUCCCUCUUCAUCCAUCACAUCCACUCACACACACCUUUCUGUGAAGCCUGCUGCCUACCAUUCCUCAGUUCUCCAGUGUACUCUGAUUCAGGAAGCAGUGGCCCCCUCCGUCUCCCUUUGUCUGGUUGUGAUCCUUUGUCACGCUGCAACCAGAUUACUCCAGAAGCCAGGUCCCAUCACUCCUUGCUUCACCCACUGCUCUUAGGAAAAGUUGCGGUUUAUGUGCCACUUCCUCCAGGAAGCCUUCAUCCAUUCCCUCUAGGCUAAGUGCCCCCACGAUGCCUCCCUAAAUACCCUGUUUCUCGCCAGCCAUAUACUUAGCACACUGCAUCGAUCCUUCCUGUUGAUCCGUGCUACGCUGUGAGCUUUGCAAGCCUGGAGACCAUGUAUAUGUCUGCUCACUGCUACAUCUAAUGCUUAGCUCAGUGCCUAGCUUUUCAGUAAAUAUUUGGAUGAGUAAAUAUUUGUUGUUCUACUCUUCCCAGCCCUUUCAUAGUCUUUGAUCUUCUCUAGUUCUGCCAUGACCUGCUUGCUGGGUAACUUAUCCACCAAUUGCCAAGUAAGAAAUGAAACUAAGUUCUUUGUGAGUAGGGAAUUGUAUUCCGAAAACUGAGUUCAGUGCUUGGCAUGUGGCUCAAAUAUUUACCAUGUGACUGUUGUUGAGGAAACACUAAUUGGCCCUUGUAAACAUGGAGUAUAAAAUGAAGUGUUCUCAUAGAAUCCACCGUGUAGUACUGUCUUUACCUCCUUGAUAAUAGAAGUCUUCAUUUUUUCUUUCUUUCUAAUUUCUAAAGGCAGGCUUACAAAGGAACCUGGAUGAGAAAGAUCGGACAACCAUGUAGUGGACUAAAUCAAUACUUCAGUUGCAUUCGAUGGUUUCUGGCUCUUCUGGGAUUUUAAAGUAAGUAAAUUUCACAAAAUACUGGAAGAAGGACCCAGUCAGCCCUUCUGAUCACUAGAUACUCGGUUCACAUGCUUUCCUACUUGCAGAAUGUCAUCACUCAUCACCUCCCCAAGGAAGGUAACCCGGAAGUGCUAUGUGCUCAAUGUAUGCUUCUUAGAUUUGCUCUGUUUCUUUGCUUUCUUGGUCUCAUGCCUCUCUGAACUUAUUUUCUGGGUCACCUGGGCUUCCAGGUGUUGUGAAAGAACCACACCCAUCAUCUCUUACAUUUUUUCAUUUUUUUCAUCUCUUGCUGAGCCAUUUUUUCCAAUUUAAGGGAUUAACUGGUGUUACACUCUUAACUGGACUUUUAGCCUGAGGCCCAUUAACUAAUUCAGAGAUUUUAACAGUAAGUGUGAUUGUCAUCCAGUGAUCUGAUCCUUGCUGCGAAACUGGCUUUUACUCCACCUUUGGCAUAAAGGAUUUCUCAUUUUUAUCUCUCUCUUCCUACCCAAUAAGCACUUGAGUUUGUGAACUCUCUUUAUUCCCUUGUAUUUCUGCUUGCAAACUGAUGAACUCUUUUCUGAGUUCAUCCCUUUCCUGUCUGUUUUGUCAAAUGGGACCAACAGCUACCAUAAAAUAUUUUAUUUCCUUGUCUUAAAGAGAGAUUCUCUGCCUUCCAGAUUCUCUCCAGGGAAUUCUUCCAUUACCCUGCAGAAAUGACUUCUGUUCUCCAACAGCAACUUCCAGAAUGUCUGCCAACUAAGUCAGUGUUCAGUAGUCUAGAUUUUUGAAAACAGAAACUAUUUCUGUAUCAAUGAGCUAGGUUGCCAUGCAGUAACAACCACAAAAUCCCAGCUUUUCUCUGGUAGUCUGGCGAGGGCCUGUGCUCUAAGUCAGGGGUUGAAGGCCAUGGGCAAGGUGUGUCCUACUGCCUGUUUCUCUAAAUAAAGUUUUAUUGGGAGACAGCCUUGCCCAUUUGUUUCUGCCUUAUAUAUGACUGCUUUUCUGUUACCCUGGCAGAGUGGUGGGGUUACAGAAGAAAGUGUCCAACCCACAAAAUGUAAAGUAUUCACUAUGUGACCCUUCAGAGAGAGUGUUCACUGACCCAGGCUCUAAGUGGUCCUCAUUCUGGGGCUUGAGCUGACCAAGCGGAUAUCACCUAGGGUGUGGCUGCUCAUGUAGGGAAAUAAAAAAGUAGGACAAGUCACUUACAGGCCGUUUAAGCACUCUCACUGGCCAGAAGAGAUCCCACGGCCACACCAAGUCCAAGGAGUGUGAUCCUUCCUCGUGCCUUGGAAGAGAACCAGAAAUACUUGGAAGAUGAUACUACCAACUAACACAUAGUUAUAUUUCUCUCUCUCUCUACAAAAUUUCUUUGAAAGUAUUUUUUCUUUUUAAUUGCGGUGAAAUUUAUGUUCAGUAAAAUGCAAAGGCUCUGUGCACACCUUGUGGAUUUCUAUGUACACCCUAGAACCCAUCAACCAAAUCAAGACCCUGAACACUUCAGCACCCUGGUCGCUGCCCUGUGCACACCGCCAGCCUGCCACAGAUAACCACUAUUCUGACCAUUAUCACCAGAGAUUGUAUUUGUUUUAAAGCUUCAUGUAAAUAUGAUUAUUCUGUGUACUCUUGUUCAGCAUUGUAUCUGUGAGUUAUCCAUGUUGUGAUUCAUUUAUUAAUGCUUCUGUGUAGUGUUCUGUCAUAUGGCUUAUAUCACAAUUUAUGAAUCCAUUCUACUGUUGGUGGAAAUUUAGGUUGUUUCCAGUUUGUAGUUGUUAAUGAAUAAAGUUCUUAUGAACAUU